AUGGAGCCACAACCUCUUCAAACCAACACUAAUGAAACUACUAGUGCCCAAAGUUCCUCUGCUUAUGAUAUUAUCCGUAGACUUACCUGGACAUUCGUUUUGCUCUUUCUUCUUUUAACUCUUAUCAUUGCAAUAGCAUGGAAUGUCAUGGACCCUCAUAAACCUCAAUUUCGAGUCAGCACAAUCUCUGUUACCAAUUUCAGUGUCUCUGUUUCAGAGCUCAAAGGUGUGUUUGAGGUUGAAUUAAACAUAACAAAUCCCUUGUUGAUAUGCAAUCGAUGA